UAGAACUCCAACUUCAGGGAGCGUUCCUGUAGAAUUGGAAUGCACUAUUUCACCCUCCAAAAACCGGUCCUGAACGAGGUUCUACAGAGGUGGUUCCGGCAGGGGAAAACCGCCUAAAGGUGCUGCCUCCCCUAAAAUAGGAGUGGAAAAAUGCCUUAUUGACAUCAGUAGUUGAGCAAUCGAGCAGUUGGCAGGCUGGGUGAAAUGAGUAAUACCGGUUCCUGUAGGACACUUUCUGAACUUAAGGUUCAAUAAAGAAUUUAUUUUCCAGUCUAGUCUCAUGGCAACAUUCUCUGACCUCCAGGCUGACUUGCAUAUGUUGCAGUUUCUUGGCUCUCAUAUUUUGGCCUACACAUUUAGGCCCAUACCUGGAAAUAGAUAGCCUACACAUGCUUGUUAAAACAUGAACUAGGGGUGUAAAUUGCCAGAGAACUAUAUACUUUUGAGGGCUGUUUGACCAUUCUGUUAUGAGUUACGAGUCUGUCCCCGCUCGUUUCAAAAGGAGCCUGAUCUCCCCAGAGGCGCUGUCAAGAUGGCUGCUGAGUGGUGAGCCUGGCCUGUGAGGACUUUGCUUUAAUUCUGAAAGCAUACAGUGUAGAUGAGACGCUAUAUAUCUUUCCCAAUAACUUAAGGUCCCUUAACUGGAGAAUAGUUUUUUUGUUCUUACAGGGUUAUUUUGUGUAAGGUCAUCCUGGGGCUAAAAAGCAUCUGCACAUACCAAGAUAUUCUUGCAUCAGUAAGCCUUUAGUGAAUCAUCUUUUUUUAUCAAGAAUCCUGAUUUGUAACUGAAAUGAUUAUUUCCCUUCACCCGUAGCAUGAACUAUAAAACCCACAUAGUAGGGGAAUUACUUGGCACCAUGCAUUUGGAGGAUGUGCGUACACAGUUUGGUAUACAACAGGCCUGUGAGUUGGCAUAUUUAUCAUGCCAUUUAUUUUAACAGCACAUCCUGUUUAGUGAAGUCUGUAUAAUGAGGGAGGCUAGUCUACUCAAGCAUGUCGCACAGACAUGGCCGGGUGCUAAAAGAAAUGAUGGUUAGAUGUAUAUCGCGAUUGUUAUUGAGUUUUCACGUCCCUGUCCAUGUGAGUUACUCAUAAAGACUAAAAGUAACAGGGGGAUGUUUUAAAAAAAUGUAGGUACACUCUGUUUUUAAACACACCAGUAGCAAAAUAUUUCCCAAGCCUUUUACCAAUCUUAAAACUAAGGACUGGGUCGGCAUGGUAUGUGCUGGAUGAUGAUGGAUAACAGCAUCAGUAUUGGAUGUACAAAUACUCUACUAUGACAAUUUCACUUUUAAAGGACUGCUUCUGCUGAUGGGUAAUAUAGCUGUAUGCAGUUAGCCAUGUCAUAACUGCUUGUGAGGUGGUGCCCGUAUAACGUGGUGUAAAUGUCCUUUGAGAUGUAUGUUAUUUUCACACUAAGUAUCUGUGACCGUAAUACUCUGUGACUGAGGCAGUGUGCGUAGUCUAAAACGGCAGUGGAAAUGACCAUAUUUGAGUCGACAGAAAAUCCAGUAUUUACACAGGCCAAAGAUCACCAGUCUAAGUGGCUCAAAGUACGCACAUAAAAGCCAGCGGACAAGCCUGGAGGCUCAGCACCACAACAACCUCUCCUCCUGGCCAUGUUUGCUUUAUGAUCUCCAUCCUGGAUCAUUCUGUAUGCCUCUAGUCUAGUCCCCCAUGAAUAAAAUGUAACUUAACAUUAUUUGAACAGUGGUGAUUAGUAUGGUGUGUGUCCUUUCAUGCCCAUCUGGCCUGAGUGUGCCUGAUGUUGAACAUUGCCGAUUUGUUUGGUGAUGGAUUUAAAGGUAAACACAUAACUGACUUUUGCUUAAGCCACUGAACUUGAAAAUGAGGUAGUGGUGUGUGCCUUCGCAUGGCUACUGAAGCAGUUCUUUCCCUUUGCAUAAAUAAUCUAAAUGCAGUCUACAUUUGAAAUGGCUCUGUUGUUUUGGCAGAUCCUUGUCUAAAUAACUGUUGAAAUAUAUUCCAUGGGCUUUGUAUUUCUUCUCAUGUCAUGACGGAAAGAAACUUGAGUGUCAGCCCUGGCAGAGGGAAAGAGCAGGUAGUAGUAGUAGUAGUAGGACUUUAGAAAAGUUGCUACAGCGCUCUAGCUUUUGGUGGGGGAGGGAGAAUGUUUACUGGAACAGACACUCUGAUUGGCUCGGCAUUCCUCAGAAUGAUGAGAUCACUAGGAGGUGAGGCUCACUUGCAUAGAAUAACAUCUCCUUAUAUGGCGCAGCAGGGGCGAUCCAUAUCAGGAAAGGAGGUAGGUAGCAGAUGGUCAUGUGUGCCUGAGACAGGAGUUUGUGUAACUUUUUCAGUUGCUGCUGCAAUGCAGAGUCAGUUUCCCCUUUCUGUUUGCAUGACUUUAUUUCAGAAAUAAAUAUUUCAGUAUGAAUGCAUUUUAAUUAAAUCAAAAGGACUAGAAGUGUGGAGUCUACACAACACUAAAGAAAUGAACACGCGAUUGUUAGGUGACAGUAAUUGGAUUAGUAUUUUAUUUUAAGGGCACACAAGGAAGGUUUUACUAAACUUAGAAUGUAGGCAAGGUUCGCUUAUUCAAGAGCAUUUUCCCUGGUCUUUCACAGAAGUCUCCCGUAAGCUUCAUUGUCCCUGGCCCGGGCACCCCCGUGGCUUGUUGCGAGUGGUGUCUUCCAUGAGCAAUCCGUAACCACCCUUCUCCAAGUGAGAUUUAUCAGCACACCAAGGAAGUUCUGUGUCAGCCGCCUCCCUUGUAAGCCGCCACGGGACCCAAAAUGAACGCCUCAAAAUGAAUGCCCUCGGUUAGGAGAGUAACUUUCUCAGCAGAACACCAUUUGAUUAGGGUACUCAAACUCUGUCGGAGUUUGACUCGCACUCCUUUCCGAUGGUUUACAGCCCUUGGCCAUGGCCUCUCAGAUGGGUCUAGCAAAGAAGACAAACUAUCCAGCCGUAUCCAGAGCAUGCUAGGAAACUACGACGAGAUGAAAGAAACAAUCGGUGAAACCCCCAUUUCCAAACUCAUGAGCAAAGGUUCAGGUUCCUCCUCUUCCGAGGAGAAGUCAGGCCAAGGACUAUAUGGCGAGCAGCGUGGAGGAGGUGGCGGCAGCAGCGGAGGUGGCGGCCAGAGCAGCAAAUGGACUCCUGUAGUCUCCGCGGCCAGCACCUCCUCGUCUUCCUCCCAGCUGCAGAAGCGCUCUGGGCUCCAGGGCAGCCAGCGUGGAGCCGGAGGCAGUAGCAGCGGCAGCGGCAGCAGCCAAAGACACGAGAAAGACUACAGUAGUGGCAGCGGCAAGAAAUCCAGCAAGCACAGCUCGGACCAGUCCAAGGGACACACGUCCAGCCCGACCAAGGGCUCGUCCAUAAGCUCGUCGAGCCAUUCCCGCUCGAUGGGCUCCGAGCACCACGGCAAGGACCGUUACCGCAAGUCGCCGCGAGACCGUGAGCGUGAGCGUGAGCCCAGCUGGGACUCGCCGUCGCGCGUGCACACCUUCGCCACGGGCCAGCACACGACCCAGGCCUUCCCGCCCUCGCUCAUGACCAAGCCCAGCUCCAUGCUGCAGAAGCCCACGGCCUACGUGCGGCCCAUGGACGGCCAGGAGACAGCCGAGCCCAAGGGCUCCACGGAGAUGUACAGCGGACAGUCGCACAGCAGUAGCGCCGGAGAGAUGAAGUCCAACGGCAAAGCCUCGCUCGCCAAGCUCAAGAUCCCCACGCCAUCUGUAGAGGGGUCCAUGACGGGAGAUUCAAGUUGCGUUGAUGAAAUCUUAAAGGAAAUGACUCAGUCCUGGCCUCCCCCACUGACGGCCAUUCACACUCCCUGCAAGACGGAGCCAUCCAAAUUUCCCUUCCCCACAAAGGACUCCCAACACUCAAGUUUCAGCAGUGGAGGACACAGCAAGAGGAGCAGCGCAGGGAAGGGCUCGUCCAGCACUCAUGCCUCUAAACCCUGUGAGGGCGACCAGGCCAACAUGCUGGAGGACGACCUGAAGCUUAGCAGCAGUGAGGACAGUGACGGCGAGCAGGACUCCACCAAAACCGCCCCCCGGAGUGCCCCCCAAAGUCAGGUGGCGGAGGUGGCGGAGAACUCUCGGGAGGACUCCAGCAGCCACACGGGCUCUGAGAGCAGCUCGGCCUCGGACAGUGAGAGUGAGAGCAGCUCCAGUGAGAGUGAGACCAACGAGCCUCCACGCGCUGCUUCACCAGAGCCGGAGCAGCCUACAGCCAAUAAGUGGCAGCUGGAUAACUGGUUCAAGAAGGUCAACAAGUUUUCCCCAGCGUCACCAGUGGACAACAAUGUGCCCACCAAGUACAGGAAAGAGGGCCGGGAGCAGGGGUCGGGGCGAGGGUACGGUGGUCAGAGUGGGUCAAAAGACGCCAGCGCGCCCACACAGGGCCGGGACUUGCGGCCAGCCCAGAAGGGCUCUGAAAAUGGCCGGGGGCGGCAAAAGUCGCCUGCCCAGAGCGAUAGCAGCGCGGGGCAGCGAAGGACUGUGGGUAAAAAACAACCCAAGAAGUCAGAGAAGCCCCCUGUGGUGGAGGAGCCUAAGGGGGGGUUGAUGGUGGAGAGCGAGACCCCGCAGGACAUUCCCACGCCCCGAAACAAGGCCCCCAGCAAAGGGCCCCGCAAACCCAAUAUCAAGAAGGAGCCCAAGUCGCCGCGGCAAGCACAGGACAAGCGCAAGACCAAAGCGCCCACCAAGACGCCGCAGAAGUCCCGAGAGUUUGUGGACACGGACACGGACUCGUCCGACUCGGAAGGCAAUGAGAGCAUCCCGUCCUCGUCGCAGACGCCCAAGUACCAGGAGAGCAUCCGCACGCCUGUCUGCGUCUUCUCGCCCAUGGAAGAGAAGGAGCUGCUGUCGCCGCUCAGCGAUCCGGAGGACCGCUUCCCAACCCGGCAGGUGCUAAUGGUGAAGAUCGACCUGAGCCUGCUCUCCCGCGUCCCCGGCAGACUCUACAAGGAGCUGGACCAGAUCAAGACGGAGAGGGAUGGCGGCGGCGGCGAUGGAAACAGAGAUGGGAAGGACCUCCAGAAGCCGCCCAGUGAGAAGACCUCCAGCAAGGGGAAGAGGAAGCACGGCAAGAAUGAAGAUGAGAGCUCGAAGCCAGAGAGCAAAAAAUCCAGAAUGGAGGACAAGGCCUCAUCGCAUCACAAGUCCAGCAGCAAAGAGUCGUCCAAGCGGGGCCCGGAGAAGGAAAAGGAGUUGGCGCCCUCGCCCUCCAUUGGUAACCUGCAGCGCACACCCAAGGCGGAGCACCAGAGCCGGAAACGCACCACCAGCCAAUCGUCCACCUCCCUUUCCAGCGGAGCCAGUAGUGGCAAAGAGGGCGGACACAGCACAAAGAACGGCCCCGCCUCCAAGCACAGGAGAGAGGACAAGCAGGGCAGGAGCACCAGGGACGGAAAGGAGAAAUCUUCUAAGAUGAGUGAGAGCCAGCUGUCUGCGACACAGCAGUCUGAAUGCUCCAAGUCAAGAACCAAGCUUCUGUUUGAAGACCGGGUGCAUUCUGCCGAUCACUACCUACAGGAGGCCAAGAAGCUGAAACACAACGCUGAUGCUUUGAUGGACAGGUUUGAAAAGGCUGUGUACUACCUUGACGCCGUGGUGUCCUUCAUUGAGUGUGGGAAUGCCUUGGAGAGGAGUGCCCAGGAGGCCAAGUCUCCGUUCCCUAUGUACGCAGAGACUGUGGAGCUCAUCAAAUACACUAUGAAACUCAAAAGCUACAUGGCCCCAGACGCCACAUCUGCAGACAAAAGACUGGCCGUCCUCUGUCUGAGGUGUCAGUCUCUUCUCUACCUUCGGCUCUUCAAGCUGAGGAAGGAGAGCGCACUCAAGUACUCCAAAACACUCACCGACCACUUGAAGAACUCCUUAAAUACCAACGCGCCGUCUCCGGGGAAUAAAGCGGCGGGCAUGCCGUCUCCGGUGUCCCCUAAGCUGUCCCCGGGCAGCGCCGGCAGCUACUCCUCCAGCAGCUCCAACCCCAGCAGCUCCUCGUCUGUCAACAUCCCCCAGCGCAUCCACCAAAUGGCCGCCAGCUACGUGCAGGUCACCUCCAACUUCCUGUACGCCACCGAGGUGUGGGACCAGGCAGAGCAGCUAGCCAGCGCGCAGAAAGAGUUCUUCAUUGAGCUGGAGAAGAUGAUGGGGGCGCUGAUCUUCAACACGAGCAGUAUGACCGAUCUGGUGCGCUACACUCGCCAGGGCCUCGCCUGGCUGCGUCAGGACGCCAAGCUGGUCGCGUAGAGGUGCUCUUCUCAUGCUGGACUCACUCGACUCUCUCUCAGAGCCUGGGACUCAUGGGGCCUUUUGUUUUAUAAAGCCCAGCAACUCACAAACAGUCAUUAACUUCGGCUCGAUCUGCCUCAGACAUAUCUCACACUGUGUUCAUUAUCUGCACCAGCUUGCCAAAACCAGCAGCAGCAGCAGCAGCAGCAGCGACAAAAACAAAAAAAGACGCUAAAACUCUCGUCCAUAUGGAAACCCCGGCUCCAAGCAGCUUUGUGAUAUUUAUUACGGAAGGUCGGUUCCAACAACCAAGAGGAACCCCCCCUCCCAACCCCCCAGUCUCCUCUUGAGGAACCCCCCUCCCAAACCCCCAGUCUCCUCUUGGUCCUGCGUGCUCUCCCAUAUCAUUGGCUUGAUUUGGUUUUUAUUCAAGUAUUUAUUCGAUCCAUCAUCAAGGAUGAAGGCAUUUUAAUGCAAAGCCAUUUUUAUAGUCUUUAUUUCUUUUUUUGUCAGCAGCAAACAAAUGUGCAUGAAAUUGGGUUUUCUCUGGCUUUGUCUAACCAAAGUACCUCCCACUUAACCAAAUGUGCUUUAAAACUGAGGUUUUGUCCUUUAUCGGUUUUGUGCCUUGUAUUUGAUAUACAGGAAAAUAGGACAACGCACGUCGACAUGCUCAUUUCCUUAAUGAAAUGUUUUUUUGUUGUUGUUUUUUUUUCCUUUUAAACCGAUGCAUCGUUUAGAUGCCCGUUCCACUGGGUGGCACAUUUGUAUUAUUUUUUCAAAGGCACAGCAGAGCGCGGAGGACCUUGCGAAUUGUACUCUCUUUGUUUGAAAGGUUUUAGGCAGAAUUGGCCGUUGAGAGUGAACAUGCUAAAUGGCCCCCGAUGCACUCUCAAUUCUGAGACGUUUUAAGCCUGGCAUGUUAACAGUUUGAACAGUAAAAAUGUAGCAUGCACAUGGUUUUUUUAUUCAGUCACAGAUUUAUUUUUAUUAAUUGCAGGAGCAUCAUGCUUCUGUACAUCACACACAUGGCCCAAACUAUAUUUUAUUUAUACAGAGUAGAGCUUGCUUUGAGCGGAGUCCUACCUACGCUUACGGAGCUGAAAAGGCUUCAAACAGGGUUGAAAUUAGAGCGCAGAAAUGUAAAGUAUUUCUAUUGUAUAUGGAAAGUAUUUAAAUAUUUAAUGUCAUUCAUGAAUUUCCCUUCUUGGCAUAAUCGUCAUUUGUGUAUUACAGAUCAUUUAAUGAAAAGUCAUCUACGGAAUAUAUUUAUGGUAUGUGCUAUAGAUUGAGCGUGUGUGUGUGUGUGUGAGUGUGAGUGAGUGUGACAGAGAGUGUGUGUGUGUUGUCGUUUCACUUCUAAAACAUCUUCCCCCUCCUUCCCUCCAUCCACCAAACCGUCUGAUUCGCUGGUCGUCAUAUUGUAGAACUGUUCCAGCUCCUUAACUAGAGAAGUGGAAGAACAAAACAAAACAUGGUAUUGUAGGUUGUAGAGUAUUCAGGGCAGUCCUCUAUGUUGUGUGCUGAAAACACCUGUUAUCUAUACCUUGCACUAAAAACUACCUUUCUUCUUCUUUUCUUUUUUUUAACCUUUUAAAACUAAAACGAAUUGACUCCAGAGUCUCUCUUGAAGGAUAUCAUCCAUUUUAGUUCACUUGAUUUGAAUGAAUGUACUAGAGAUCUGAACUGUUAUAUUAUGGUACAUGACUCAAGACCAUGAGAUAAACAACACUGUGGUUAGUGGACAGACACACUAUGCAGUUGUUCUGUCUCUCUCACCCCGGGUCAGACACGUGACCAGUCCGCAGCCAGUUAAAAAUCAUUAUAUGAAAUUUAAGGCUGUGUAAAGCAGAGCAGAGCAGAUGUGUCUAGGCCACAGUCAGUCUCUCGGACCUUUGGCUCAGUGUCCUUGUCUCACUCGGCGUCAGUAGAACCUGUCGGGAGACUGACUGCGACGUAGCCACAUUGCAUGAUGGGACGUGUAGUUUCUGUGUAGCUCUGUUGUUCUGGCCUUGUCCUUGUGGUAUGACAUCCUUGACAACAACACGCAGGACAGGUGUAGCAGUUGCACCUCAGGCUAAUUGAGGCUGGGACAGAUCAUCUGUCCCAGAACGGGGCUGCAUCAGUUCCAGACUCGCUGUGUUUCUGGGUCGUUUGCCUCAGCUGGGGAGGUAAGGGCACUGAGGUAGGCAGUGGACCCAGGUUGACGUCUGACCUCUGUGCUGCUAGACAUGUCCAUAGUUCCUAUAAGUUCCUCCGGUUCCAGAGCUGUACACAGGCCUGUGCCCAUGGGCCCCCCAGAGAGUGCCUGGCUCUGAAACAGAUGUUUCACAGGAAGAUGCUCUCUGGUCAUCCCUACCUCCACACACACACACACAAAACCCACACACACACACACACACACACA